AUGACGUCGAGGAGUAAGAAUGCUGUGCGGAGCUUUGAAACUGAGAUCGAAAAGAGUCGCGAAGACUCAAGCUGGAAAAAGGCAAUAGAGUUGGCUCAGCAGUUGAAGGCCAGAUCUACUCAGCACGAAAGCCUUUGCCAUUUCCUAAUUGGAGAAGGCAAGCUUGAGGCACACCUAGAUGAAUAUCCACCAACCAAAGAAAACAUUGAAAGAGCUCAAAGAGAACUGUCAGAUGCUCGUGGAUACCUGACCUUAGCUACAGAUGAAGCUGGAAAACGAAGUGGUGUUGCAUUGGAUGCUCAUCUUCUUCUCGGCAAGUUGAACUAUGCCUGUGGGAGUUAUGAUAUGGCAUUGAAACAUUAUGAAUUGGCCGAGUUGAAUAGUUUGACAGAAAAAGAACUGCCCGUGCGAAGUCUCCGUAUCGUAGCGGAGUCGUACGCCAUUAAAGGAUUAUGUUUGGAGCAGAACACCAUUCCCGCGUCGACUAGCCGGUUCAAACAAGCGGAGAGAGAAUCAGAAAUGAUCCGCAGUUUCGAGCUGUCGUCGGACCUGACGUUGCUGUACCUGCAGCGCACGUCGAGCGCGCGCGCCGGGCCCACGCUCGAGACGGCGCUGCAGCGCGUGCCCAUCCUGCACAUCCGCGCCGGCCGCCUGCAGAGCGCCAUCGACAGGUAUCGCGAAAUGCUAAACGCAGUAGAAUCGGUGUCGACGCAAGCGUUACGACUCACGCUCACCAGACAGCUGGCCGAGGUCUUGAUGCGAGGAGUCACUGGACAGGUGUACAGAGCGCCAGAGAAGCUGGCGGCUCUGCCGCCGCAGGGCACCCUGACUAGGCGGAGGGAGGACCACUUUUCGGACGGACCCUGGAAACCUAAGAAGUACGCCGCGAUCAAUCAGUUCGUGCCGCGCAACGAGUACGAGGAGGUGGUGCUGCUGCUGCUGGUGGGCGAGGCGAUGGCGGUGCGCGACGCCGUGCUGUCGCAGAGCGACGUGUUCGAGGCGGAGCGCGCGCACUCGCUGCGCAACGCCGCCGCCGUCAUCGACCUGCUGGCGCUCGCCGCCACGCGCUGGGGGCAGCUGUGCCUCGUGCUCGAGUCGCUGGAGCGCGCCAUGAAGUUCUCGUUCGGCAGCGCGCACGUGUGGCGCCAGCGCGCGCUCGCCACGGCCGCCGCCGCCCCCGCCCCGGCCCCCGCCCCGGGCCCCGCGCGCGCGCCGCCCCCCGCGCCGCCCGCGCCCGCCUCGCACGUCGUGCCCGGCAGCAGCUCGUGGAGCGCGGGGGUGCGCGCGCGGGGGGUGGCGCGGCGCGCGGCCCCCCUCGCGCCCCGCGACGCGCCGCUGCGUCUCGUGGCCGCCAACACCUGCUACAGGAUGGGCUGGAUAGAGGAGGGCAUAGAGAGUGCGGAGGAAGCGUUGUCGAUAGAAGAGAAGAGAGAUGGACCGAUGUUGGCGAGAUGUUGUCUCCACACGGGCAUCGGAUAUCAAAUGAAGGCUCAGAAAUGCAACAGUCGGAUAGACAAGGAUGCAGCGAACGACAAAUCGUUAAAACUACUGAUAAGGGCGGUGCAGUUGGACGAUAACGAUCACCUAGCGCUGUACUAUUUAGCUUUGCAGUACAUGCAUCUCGGGAUGCUCAACGAAGCUAUGGACGCGACGCGGUCGUGCCUGCGCGCGCGCGCCGAGUGCGGCGGAGGGCUGCGCCUCGCCGCGGCGCUCUGGAGCUGCGCAUGCGCCGGCUCGCGCGGGGCCCGCGCCCUGGCCGCCGCGCGUCUGGCGCGACACCACUACCCCAGCGCCGACUGGCCGCUCGCCGCGCUCGCCACCUUGCAGCUCGUCUGGGAGAGCCCGGAAGCGGCGUUGGCGACGGGGAAGGAACUGCUGACGCUGGUGAGCGGCUCAGAGUCGGAGUCGGAGACCGAGCACAACGGGUACGCGAAACUGGACGCGCUGUCGGACUCGCAACACGACGACACGCGGAGCACCAGAGACGGAGCGUCGAUCCGGGCGGAGUCUGCGGGCGUGUACCGCAUCGAGCGCGCGCUGUCGGAGGCGGCGUCGUCUCUGUCGGCGCCGCGGCCCCGCGCGCCGCACGCCGAGGCGCGCGCGCAGGCCUGGCUGCUGCUGGCGCAGCUGUGUCUGAGGUUGGGCAGAGUUAACGCGGCGACGGGCUGCGUGUCGGAGGCGGCCACGCUCACGCCCUUCAGCCAUCUCGUACUGUAUACGCGAGGUUUGGUCCACGCGGCGGGUUCAGAGUGGGAAGAGGCGCGCCAAUGCUUUCAGAACGCGCUCGCCAUACACCCCACACACCUGGACAGCAUCGUGCAAUUAGGCGCGGCGUACUACAACCUGGGCUGGCUGGGGCUGGCCGAGAAGGCGCUGCGCGAGGCGGCGGCGCUGGAGCCGGCGCGCGCCGACACGUGGCGGCGCCUGGCGCUGGUGCUGGGCGCCGCCGCGGACCCCGCCGCCGCCGCCGACGCCGCCGCCGCCGCGCUGCAGCUGCACCCGCUGCACCCGCCGCACCCGCUCGACCCGCGCCUGCUCUAG